AUGCAAGAAUUGAGGAGGGUGAGGUCGGGGAUUUUAGGGGAGAAAGAUAACAUGGUUACUAUGCAUGAUGUUAUGGAUGCUCAAUGGGUUUAUGAUAAUUAUCGUGAUGAGAGUUAUUUAAGGAGGGUUAUUAUGCCUCUUGAAGUGCUUUUGACUAGCUAUAAGAGGUUGGUUGUGAAGGAUUCAGCUGUGAAUGCCAUUUGUUAUGGUGCUAAGUUAAUGAUUCCAGGGCUGUUGAGGUUUGAGAAUGAUAUUGAGGCUGGUGAGGAAGUUGUAUUGAUGACUACUAAGGGUGAGGCUAUUGCUUUGGGAAUUGCAGAGAUGACAACUGCUGUUAUGGCUACUUGUGAUCAUGGUGUUGUUGCAAAGAUUAAGAGGGUUGUGAUGGAUAGGGAUACUUAUCCGAGGAAAUGGGGGUUGGGGCCGAAGGCUUCUAUGAAGAAGAAGUUGAUUUCUGAGGGGAAGUUAGAUAAGCAUGGGAAGCCAAACGAGAAUACUCCAAAUGAAUGGAUGAGAAAUUUGGUUUUGCCCACUGGCGGAGAUUCUAUGGUUGCUGGCCUAGCUGCUGCUGCUGCUGCUGAACCAGUUGUGAAGGAGAUUGGUGAAGAGGAGAAGAAGAAAAAGAGUAAGGAUGGUGAAGAUGGUGAGGGGCGAAAGCGCAAAUUGGAUGAAAGCUCUGAUAGCCCUGCUGCCCAGGUUCUUGCCAAAAAAGCUAAAACUGUUGAAAUUGAAGAGAGUGUCAAGAAGGUGAAGGAAGAGCCUGCGGAGGGAAGUGACGUUGAGAAAAAAGAGAAAAAGAAGAAGAAAAAGAAGAGUAAAGAGGAUGGUGAGGCUGAAAAGGGAGAGACAGUGGAGGAAAGUGAAGAUGAGAAGAAAGAGAAGAAGAAGAAGAAAAAGAAGAGUAAAGAUGAUGGCGAAGCAGAAAAUUUAGAAGAAAAGGAGACUGAGAAGUCUGAGAAGAAGAAAAAGAAGAAGAAAGACAAAGAGGCUGAAGAGGCUGCCACCAUUGAUAAUGGCAAAGCUGAUGGUGAGGCUGAUAAAAGUGAGAAGAAGAAGAAGAAGAAAAAGAAGGAAAAAGAUGGAGAAGAAGAUUAG